AUGUCCUACCACAGACCUCGAAUGCCGCUUCCUGAUGAGGGGGAUUAUAUUAAUACAAGAAAUUCGAGGACUUACUCUUCUAAACUACGGCCCUUACCACCCUUACCGCCUAGGCAAGGGCAAUUCAGAUCGGAUAUUAACAGUGACGCAAUGAAUCAAGAAUUUUCAGAGAUGGGUAUAGCAGAUAGCUACGACGAUAUAUUUCACGCUAUCUCGACAGAUCAGCCCCUCAGCAAGUUCCCGAAGGUAUCUCAUCCUGUACCUUUACCUGCCAAUACAAAAAGUGAGGGCCUCGCUAUUGCGACAAACAAGUUUUACGGUAACAUGAUGGUUGGCGAUCAAACCAACCCUGUGUGGACACAUCCUUAUUCUUUGUUUUGGUCCAAGGACUACUUUAUGGGCAUCGCCCUAUCCUACGUCCCUGCUUCCGAGAGAGUUUUUGGGCCAAAUAUCCCGGCCCAGUACUUUUUUGGGCCGGUGGGUAUCAAGUCUUUUGUGUUUGGUGCGCUCGACUUCACAGAUGCCGAGCAAAUGUCACUGGGCUUUACAAACCUGUCGCAUUUACAAGUGCAUGUACAACUCAGAAAAAACGAGAACCAGUAUGUUCUAAUACCGUUAGUCCAAGGUAUGGGGUUUGCUUCAGCAGUAUAUUAUAAUAUGAUUCCAAAACUAUACUCUGCUGUCGGUUAUAAGAACAUCAUUGGCCUUAAUUCACCUCGUGCUGGCAUACAAAAGUACAAGAUUGUUCUGGAAAAUAAUAUGACGUGGACCCUAUACGUUACUGUACCGUCCGGCCAAUCGUUGGCUCUAGCACUUGCUUCUAAUAAUCAACUAGUUGGAAGCAACAGUGUGAAUGGUUGCUUAUUUCAACUUGUACCGGACACCAAUUCUGCUAUUGACGCUGCUGCCGGUUGCUACCCCAGCAGCGGUACUUUGUCUGGAUCGGUAGAUGGAGAAGUUGGCAAAUAUACUAUAUCAUAUGAGCUGAGUGGCUCUAGUAAUGGGGGAAAAACUCUAAUGUAUGCAUGUCCCCAUCAUGUAUCGUCAUUCAAGAGCGUCAUGUCUUGUAGAAGAAUUGAUUCUCACUUGGACUCGGUUACCAUGGGACGUAUGACUGGCUACUUAACGACUUCAUUUGAAAUGGAAGUGCAUGUGCCUGCAAAGAUCGGUUUCGAUCCCUACUCAGCAAUCUCCGGCAAAUCAUCACCUAACUAUUCGGAAAAAGUCCUAGAUACUAUAAGAUCGGCGGCUGCAUCGGAAGCGCAAGGUGACGUUUGUGCAGAGUCCAAUCUGGACUCUAUGUAUUUCAGUGGUAAGAUUUUGGCCAAGUACGCGUGGAUCUUAUAUGUCUGUCAUUAUGUGAUUAAAGAUAGUGCUUGGACCCACACAUUAAUGGAGAACCUUAAGGCAGCUAUUGCAAGGUUUAUCGAUAACUCGCAGUUACUUUCUUUGAGAUACGACACUACUUGGGGUGGUAUAAUCUCCUCAGGUGACUCAUCUCAAGACUUUGGUAAUUCAUAUUACAACGACCACCAUUUCCAUUAUGCGUACCAUGUUAUCACUGCAGCUAUUCUUGCAAAGAUUGACCAAGAGUUCGAUGGCAAUUGGCUGGAACAAAACAAAAGUUGGGUAGAAAAUUUGAUCAGGGAUUAUUCCAAUCCAAGCUCCUCAGACCCCCAUUUUCCCGUGUUCAGGUCAUUCGAUUGGUUUGUCGGGCAUUCCUGGGCCAAGGGUUUGUUUCCUAGUGGUGAUGGAAAGGACCAGGAAUCCAGUUCUGAAGAUGCCAACGCGGCGUACGCAAUCAAGUUGUGGGGUAACAUUACCGGAAACCAACAUUUGGAAAACAUUGGUAACCUGGAAUUAGGGAUUUUACAAGUUUCACUGAACAGUUAUUUUCUAUAUUCAAACAGCAACUCGAUAGAGCCAUCGCAGUUCAUUGCAAACAAAGUUAGCGGUAUUUUAUUCGAAAAUAAGAUUGACCACACUACCUAUUUUGGGAACGCACUACAGUAUAUUCAGAUGAUUCAUGCCAUUCCAAUUACCCCUAUAUCAGCAUAUAUUCGCUCACCCACUUUUGUACAGGAGGAGUGGGUUGAGAAGCUAGCUUCCAUAGUUGAUAACGUGCAUGAUGGGUGGAAAGGAAUUAUGAUCCUUAACAGAGCCAUUGCGGACCCCAGCUCCUCCUAUAAAUUUUUCUCCGACCCUGCCUUCAGUAGUAGCUACUUGGACAACGGUCAGAGUAGAACGUGGUCAUUAACUUACUCUGGUGCUUUACUGUAA